ACACUUAAUCCAGCUGCCUGGGAGGGAGAAAGAGAUCUCAAGACAGUCUAGAGGAAGGAGCAGGCAGUUUUCAGCCUUUUUAACUGAUGCACACUCCCUACAUUACCAAACACACACACACACACAUAAACACAGGCUUCUACUCUCUCACACCACACCUUGGCAGGUGGCCUCUGCCCAGAUCAGUAGCUGUGGUAGAAAACCAUCCCGCCUGAGUGACAGAGGUUUGAGCUGAGGUUUGGAUCCUCCCUGACUGUUGGAGCGUGAGCACAGUUGGGAGCUUCACUUUCUUCCCCAGUGCAGAGGGAGCGCACGCCAGACACGAGGCUCACCACUCCUCCCCUCUUCCACUGCCUUCGCCUGGGCUCUCGUCCAGAGAAUGACUGGCUUCAGUGGACCCAAGAGGAGGAACAUAGACUGAAGAUACACUACAGCAGCUUCAGCUCUGCCUGCCUGCCUGAAUGCCUUCCUGCCUGCUGGGACAGAGUCACGCUUUGAGGUUUUACAAAUUAACACCUCAAACACCUUUGUGGGAUUCAUAGAUCAGAUUUUUUUUUUUUUUUAAUUUUUUACUUUUUUUUGUUCAUCACAUCAGACAGAGUGAAUCUAAGCCGUGCACACAGACAGACAAACAAACAGACGGACUGACAUAUGGACACAGAGCAGUGAGCACUGCGGCGUGAAUGUAGCAACUGGACUUCUCUUCUCCCUGGUAACUAAGACCAAACAAGGAUAAUAGCCAAAGCCCUAUCCUGUCCACUGAGGUAGUGGGUGGAUGCAGCUUUCAGCAGACUGCUAUAGGGGAAAGCAGAGACUGUAUAGAGGCUGCAGGGAUACAUUUAGUUGAGCCACAUUGUGGUGAUCAUUAGAAAAUGGACUGUCACCUCCAAGGAGACUCUUGUUGGAUUGUUAUAGCGAAGACUAUCUCCUGUUGAACGCUGUCUGCAAGACGUUAUCGAGCCUGUGGACUUUUUUUUUUUCUUUUUUUCACAGAAAUUGUUACACAUGCUGAGUGGACUUACAUGGUUUCUUACUAGAUGAAUGUAGAAUGUGUGCCUCAAUGAUGGUGGCUGAACGCAAAAGGACUGUGUAUCUGUCAGUGAUGCUGCUGUAUCUUGUUCUGCUGGACAUGCCUCACACUGCUCACAGCAUCUACCCACGGAUACGGCUCUCCCACAAAGAACUUUGGCAGCUGAACAGGACUUGGGUGUUCCAGGGACAUGGAGCGUCUCUUCAACCCCAGACCAUGCUGCUGGAUGAGAGCCACGAGAGGCUUUAUGUCGGUGCCAAGAAUACUCUUUUCUCCCUCAGCCUGGACCGGGUUAACGCACACCACAGAGAGAUCCAGUGGGCCAGUACAGAAUCUCAAGUAGAGGAGUGUAUGAUGAAAGGGAGGGAAAAGCCGGAGUGUGCCAACUACAUCAAGGUCUUGCAGCAGCACAAUCAAACCCAUUUGCUGGUCUGUGGAACAGGAGCUUUUAACCCAGUCUGUGCCCUGGUCGGAGUGGGACACACGGGGCAGGACAGGCUGUUUACUCUUGAAGAAGAGAGUGUUAUGAGUGGCAGAGGACGCUGCCCAUAUGACCCCAACAGCUCCUGCACAUCUACACUCUCCAGAGGAGAGCUCUACAUCGGCCUGUAUACCGACUACUGGGAGAAUGAUGGUGCUUUGUGCCGACUUAACAACCAGACCUACACACGGACUGAAAGAAACGACAGACAGCAGCUCAAUGAACCUAAAUUUGUGGGCUCAGCAGUUAUUCCUGACAACGACGACAGAGAUGAUGACAAAGUUUACUUCUUCUUCACUGAGCGAGAGAUGGAUGCUGAGGGAAUGAACAAGGCUGUCUACGCCCGCGUUGGCCGAGUCUGUGCGAAUGACCAGGGAGGACAGAGGAUGCUGGUGAAUAGAUGGAGCUCCUUCCUCAAGACUCGUCUUAUCUGCUCAGUGGCUGGACCAAAUGGCAUUGAUACACACUUUGAUGAUCUCGAGGAUGUGUUUGUGCUCAACAGCAAGGAUGAGAAAAACCCAGAAGUAUUUGGCCUUUUUAGCACAACAAGUGCGGUGUUUAAAGGAUAUGCAGUAUGUGUCUAUCACAUGGAUGACAUCAGAGCAGCCUUUAACGGUCCGUUUGCUUACCGAGAGAGACCUGAGCAUCACUGGACACCUCACGAGGACAGAGUCCCCUACCCUCGACCCGGAUCCUGUGCCAGUAAAGUGAACAGCGGCGGCUUCUCCAGCUCAAAGGAGUUCCCUGAUGAGGUUCUGCGGUUUGUUCGUUCUCAUCCUGUGAUGUAUCGCUCAGUCCUUCCACAGCAUCAUAGGCCUGUCCUGCUGCAGACUGAGCCGGGCAGAAGAAAGCUGACCCAGAUUGCAGUAGAUAGAGUCCAAGCCCAGGAUGGACACUACCAUGUUCUCUACAUCGGCACUGAUGACUCAGUGGUGUUGAAAGUUAUCACCAUCUACAACAAAGACACAGACACUAUGGAGGAGGUGCUGCUGGAAGAGCUGCAAGUAUUCAAGUUACCAGCACCAAUAAGAGAGCUCAUAAUAUCACCUAAAAGGCAACAGCUCUAUGUGGGGUCAGAAGUGGGCGUGGCUCAAGUCAAACUGCAUCAGUGUGACCUCUAUGGUUCAGAAUGUGCAGAUUGUUGUCUGGCUCGAGACCCCUACUGUGCCUGGGAUGGUCUCACCUGCUCCAGAUACUACCCUGCUGGAGUCUACACCAAGAGCAGGCGAUUCAGGCGGCAGGAUGUUCGCCAUGGCAACGCCGUACAGCUGUGCAAUGGGCUGCAAAUUGAUGAUGAACAAUGGCAGCGAGCUGAAGAGAGGCUGGUGUACAGUGUGGAAAGCAACAGCACUUUACUGGAAUGUGUCCCUAGAUCACUUCAAGCCAAAGUCCUCUGGUUCGUACAGAAAGGAGGGGAGAAACAUGAGGUUCGAGGUGAUGAGCGGGUUAUCAUGACCUCCCAUGGGCUGCUGUUCCUACGUGUGAGAAGCUCAGAUGCUGGUGCGUACGUGUGCCAAACCGUGGAACACGGAUAUGUGCACACAUUGUUGCGAAUCCGGCUGCACGUGCUCAAAGGGGAGAGGGUGGAGUCAGCGAUGCAUGCGGCUAAUGACGGGGAGGGAGAAAAAGCCACAGCUCCGUGCCACUCCUCAACUGGCCCCCUGCCAGGUCCCAGCAUCAGCCCCAGAUCUCUGGUGCCAUCCUCGGUCUCUGGCUCCCACUCCAGGCUGUGGUACAAGGAGUUCCUCCAGCUGAUUGGCUACGGGGAUGCUCAGAGGGUGGAAGAGUACUGCGAGAGAGUGUGGUGCUCUGAUAAGAAACGCAAAAAGACCAAAAGGAAGUAUGUUCCUUUGGGUGGUGAGAAGAGAGGAAAAGGCAGGGGAGAGGAGAACUCCCACAGAGCUCCAAGGCACACCUUGGACACCUGAGGGGAACAGAGACUGACUGUACAUACUCCACGCACACACAUACAGUCUAAAGGUCACACUCACUCAGUGUUUGCACCAUGUAAAAGGUUUUCACUUCGCUUUCGACAAGAGCAGUAAUAGAAAAAAAACAACAGUAGCAGGCUGCCUCGCUAUCGUAGCUACAUUUACCACUCAGUACUUUAACUGUGCCAUUUCCACUUGUUUUAAACCCGCAUUUUACCUUUUUUUUGGUGUGGUGUAAACUUAUCAUUUGGUGCAGACACUGGGUAAACAAUAAAAAUGUCCAUGUCAACACAGAGCAGAGACCCUGGGGGCAGAUGGACAACAGAUUAACCAACGUUGCCUCUGAUUUGAAGAGACAGACCAUAAUAUAUAUCAGCUCCUGUGGACUGACCCAGCCCAACCCAGCUGUCAAUCAAAACGCACACCGAGACUGCUUCGCUACAAUCUCUGCUUCACCUCUUGUUCAAUGGCAAAAUAUGACAAACUCUUCUUAUGAGAGAAAACGACAAUGUUAAAGCUAGUCGCCUUCUGAUCUCUUAUUGGUACUAUAGUAACUUAUUUUCUUGGUUUCUACUUUGAGUUGUCUAGUUGUUUCGAUGUCCUAAACUGGAAAAUAUGCCGUUGUUGGUUCUGUACAGUGAAAAAUGGUUGGAGCAUCAUGAUACUGCUAAUUCCAUUAGAUGGCAGACAUGGCUGUGGGGUGUGUGUGGUUCCAAUGACCUCAAUGGAAGACUUUGCAACGCCACUGUAUGGAUAUUUGAGGCAUGUUCUAAUUAUAAUUAUGCCCUCAAUGGAAAUAAAUACUAUUUAAACAUUUGUUAGACUUGUUACAGUAGAUGAAAAGUGGUCCCAUCCGUGGAUAUUAUUGUUACUGUAAGUGUCUACAUUUACAUCUACAAUUGUGAUCAAAUGUACCAACAGUAUUGUGUGUAUUGUAUAUUGUAUUUAUCGAAAAUUCAAGGUGGUCUUUGUGUGCACAUCUGGUAACUAUAACUGCGUAUUCAAAAAGCGAUCCUUCUCUGCUGGCGGCUCCCGUUUCCCUCUUUCACUCCCUAUUCCCUCUUCAUCUCUCAGCCCCCGUUUUGUUUGUCUGCAGUGAUGUUGCAGAUGGGAUUCAUAAUUACCACCACAAACAGCAAUGUACAACACCACGUUUCCCUUAGAAGAAAAAACGAUAAAUAAAUGUUAGGGGGGCCAUCCAAGCAUGUCAUUACUGAAACAGAUGAGUCAGUCUUAUGAAUAUUCAUUUAAUCCUGAGAUGACAGAAAACAAUCUGAUUUUUACAGUGAAAUGCACUGUAGUGGUUGUGCUAAUUACUCUGGAGGAUCGUGUCUCUUUUUCAUGCUGCGUAUUAUUUAUUUCUGAAUUAUGUCACUUUAUCGAUUCCACCCCAUGGUCUACAUAUGGUAUUCAUAAUGUGGGAAAAAUAACAACCACUUGGUCUUCGUCAUGGUCCUUUAUUGUCACUCACCAUUCUCCUUGAAUGUUCUUCAUCUAAGACUCAGACUGGAAAUGUUGUGUCUGCUAUACCCCUUAUAAAUACUUGCCAUUAAAAAAGAUGGACCAUC